GGAAAUGAACACACACGGACGCACUCCUCUCAUAUGAUAUUUUCCUUUUUACAACUUAUAAUUUGAUAUAUUUCAAAUUAAGUUGAGGGAAAAUUAAUCAUUAAACAUGGCAAAAAUCUCCUUUGUACUUCUCGUUGUCGCCCUUAUUGUCUUUCUACAUGUCUCUGAGGCUCAUCGUUCGAUAAAUUCCAACGAACUAGUACUUGAAAACAACCUGAAUAAAGCUAAGGGCUUGAUCGAAGAGGACUUGAAGAAAAAGGAAAAGAACAUUAAGAAGUUGGAAACCGAUGUGAGUAUAUUAAGCAAAUCUGAGAUAAUGCUGAAGGAUCUCGAAGAAGCUUACAAAAAUGGUAAGUCUAUAGAGCCUUCCAGGAAAGAUAUCAAGAGACUCAACAAAGAGGCCAAGCAGGAACCAGAGGAACUGAGAUACGUAACCAUAAUUAAAUGCAUUUUGAAGGAUUUGGGAUUAAACGGAGGGGAAUGUUAAAACAAGAAUUAGGGUUUGAUAAUUGUUUCGAUGCGUUUAAAGGAGGUUUCAAAAUGCCCCAUGGAAUUUGGCUUAACAAAUGAGAGGAGCAAAUAAUUUGCUCAGAGUAUAAAUAUUUAGCUAAUUGCUCAAUUGAAUAAUAAAUCAAUUGUACUAUUAAACGAAAUACAUUACAUAUAAUCAAUAUAUAUUAUAAUCUAUAUUUGUGCUAAUAUCACAAUACUAAAAGCACCAUUUCCUCAAUUCUUAAGCAUGCCACGUCAUCAGAAAUAAUCCUCCAAUAACAAUUUUUUAUUUUCGGUUCUGGGCUUCAAAUUUGGUUUAAAUGGACUUCCUUUUAUCUUAACCUAGAUCUACGGAGACGAAGAUGUGUGUCUCUUCUUCAUCCCCAUUUCACUUCGUCUUCACCCCUUGAAACCGUGGCGUAUGAGUUUUGAUCAUCCCAUUCUUUGAUAUAUGAAUCUGUGGCUAAGAUGUAUUCAAACACUUCGGGUACAGGGAGAGUUUGUUACAGUGAAAGUAAGAUCGUACGGAGAUUUGGAACCUCCUCUUCAGCUGAAGAAAUCAUAAGCCUGUUGGUUCAAGUUUCUUACACACAGCUCCUCAACAAUGGGAACUUCGUAGACGCUGCUUCUGGUAAGACGUUCCCGACGCUUGAUCCACACACAGGGGAAGUCAUUUUGAAUGUAGCUGAAGGCGAUGCUGACGAUAUCAACAGGGCAGUGAAAGCUGCAAGGAAGGCCAUUGAUGAAAGAUCUUGGCCUAGGAUGAUUGCUUAUGAAGUCAAGUAUAAUGCUGAGAUUCGCAGACUUGGUUGAGAAACACAGCGAAGAGAUCGCAGCUCUUGAGACAAGUGACAAUGGGAAUACUUAUGAACAAGCCAAAACAGCACAUAUUCCAAUGCUCGCUGGAUGAGCGGAUAAGAUUCAUGGACUAAUAAUUCCAGCCGAUGGAAACUAUCAUGUCCAGACACUGCAUGAAUUGAUAUGCGUUACUGGUCAGAUCAUUCCAUGGAACUUUCCUUUUCUGAUGUUUGCUUGGAAAGUUGUCCUGCUCUUACUUGUGGUAAAACCAUUGUCCUCAAAACCGCUGAACAAACUCCUCACACUGCUUUUUAUGUCGGCAAGCUUUUACUUGAGGAAGGUCUUCCUCCUGGUGUUCUGAACAUAAUUUCUGGAUUUGGCCCAACCGCAGGAAAAUGAUUGGCACACACUGUUAUCUAUUGACAUCAUGGAUCUCUGCAUAAGGUAUCGAAUAACUGUUUGUCCAACAAUAUAAAGCAUUGAUGACUGGUUUCUAACUUUCCACUCUCUCUCAGUAACACCUCCUCAAGGUUCUGUGGGUUGUAGUGAGACUGAACCAUCCAUAACGCUAUUGGUGCCUACUUUUGGACUCACAUCUUAUAAGCUCAAAGAAUCUCUAUGGAACCUAAACAGAGCUCAAGAGACAAGAGUGCCACAAGCUCUCUUCCUUGCAACAAGCUGCAAAUAAAUGGUCUGAGCGUCUGCAAGUCAAUCAGCCGGACUAAAGUUUCUUUACCUGCAACAGCCCGCCAAUGAGGGGAACCGUACGAUGCUUGCAUGACCAACGAUUAGGCUCUGGUAUGAAAAAAAAGACCCAUUAUCUGCUAUUCUAUCUCGGUGACGUUGGCGGAACAAGGAUUUGAGGAGCACAUUGUGAAGUUUGCGUCUGGUGUUGUAAUGUUGAGAUGCAACAUUUUUUGUAGUAUAAUUAGAUGCUGAAGUGAAACACAACUUAGGUUAUAUAUCAAUUUGUAACAGGUUUAAGUAAUGAAUUUUUGUAGCUUUGACUAA